CUACAGGAAGAAGACGGCGCGAGCUCCAUAGGCGCGGAUCGUUUCCUUCUGUACUGUACUCAACGGCUCGUCUUUCUCAAACCCAAAAGCAACUCUGGCAAGGAAGGAGGCCAGCCAAUUAAACUCCAGUCUUCAGAAAUCGGAAUUCUCUGCAGAAAGACGGAAAAAAUGCAAGCCUGUCCACUAGUGAAGAACAUCCUUGUGUUGGAUUCCGAAGGCAAGCGCGUCGCCGUGAAGUACUACUCCGACGAGGAUUGGCCGACGAAUGGCGCCAAAGAAGCCUUCGAGAAGACAGUCUUCUCCAAAACUCACAAAACAAAUAAUGCCCGUGCUGAAGUUGAAGUUACGAUGAUCGGAAGCUACGUGAUCGUGUACAAGUUCGUCGACGAUCUCCAUUUCUUCGUUACAGGAGAUGAAGAUCAGAACGAGGUGAUCUUGGCCUCAGUUCUUCAGGGGUUCUUCGAAGCGGUCGGCAUUCUACUCAGAGGCAAUGUGGAGAAGAGGGAGGCGCUUGAGAAUCUGGAUCUCAUCCUUCUGUGCUUGGAUGAAACUAUCGAUGGCGGUGUUCCUCUGGAAACAGAUCCAGCUGUUCUUGCUAGCAAGGUAGCUAGUCAUAGCAUGGAUUCGGGAGCUCCAUUGUCCGAGCAGACAUUGGCUCAAGCGCUGGCCACAGCUCGGGAACACAUCACGAAAUCCCUUCUUAAAUGAUGAAGAUACUCGACUUUGUACAACGCGCAGUUACUGUCUCUCUUCUUAUACAUAAUAUGAUGGAUUGAACUUCGGUUUGUAAUCUGAAUGCUCUGGACGGACUCCCCAGCUAGCAUAGGAACAUGUUUCUUGGAGCAACAUUUGCCCCUUCGUUGCAGGAAUGACGUACCCGUAGGACCAGCUUAGCAUAUGUAAUGCCAAAGUUUCCUGAAGGGAUGGUAUCCUUUGAGUGGUUCGCAUUAUCGUGUGGUCUCAUCGAUUUAUGGAAAACGAAAGGGACGUAGGGACGUAGCCAUUGCUAUACUGCACUCGACUCUGUUGCCUAGAAGCUCAUGACUACUUCAGAAUCACAACAUUAAUGGCGAAGCGAAUCUUUCCUUCGAGAGUGAAAGUGCAGUACCAUAUUGGUGAAGGGUAUAACAAACAGACCCUUUACACAACAAGUCCCGGAAGAGUAAUCAUGCAAUUCACGAAGAUUAACAAUAGCAUUCAUUGCAUGCUUGUCAUGAAAGUAAAGAUUUUGUUGCGUA